CAAUCAUGCAAGCGCCUUUACUUGCUUCUUUCAUUCCUUGUUUCUUCACAUCUGAGCGCCGUUGACCAAACAAUCAAAGCUUGGAAUUGUUGCAAUGGCAGAAGCAGUGGUGUCGAUUGCUCUUGAAACUAUCCGUGAUUUGCUAUUGGAAGAGGGAAGGUUUUUAGCUGGUGUGGGCAAUCAAGUGAAAGAGCUCCAGUCGCAGCUCAAGGAGAUGAAGUAUUUUCUCCAAGACGCUGAUAAAAGACGACAUGAAAGCAGAACCAUCUCCAAUUGGAUCUCCGAGAUCAGAGAUCUGGUCUACAGAUCCGAAUCCGCCAUUGAAAGACACGCAGCUUAUCAAGUUUAUUCAAGCAGAAGAGGCCUCACACAGUUCGUCCGCAAAUAUUCCUGCAUUUUGACAGAUUGCUACUCACUCCACCAAUUAGGCUCCGAGAUUUCACAAAUUACAUCAAAUAUCGAUAGGAUAAGCAAGGCUAUGCAAGAAAACGGAAUAAAAAGAAGCAUAGUCAUGAAUCCAAAUGGAGAGGGGGGAAGCUCGGGUGGAAACAACAAGUCAAAGAAGACUUUCCCCAAUUUGGAGAUGGGAGAUUGCUUCGUAGGCAUGGAGGAUGAGGUGAAGCAGCUUGUUCAUCACCUACGGAAAGAUACAGAGCAUCGAGUUAUUUCAGUGUGGGGAAUGGGAGGGUCAGGCAAGACCGCAAUUGCCAAGAAGCUCUACAACGAGACGGCCGACUUUGAUCUCUCUGCGUGGGUUUGCAUUACUCAGCAAUGCGAGAGUCGAUCUGUGUGGGAGGAUGUUCUGAGGCAGCUUGAAAAGAAGAGGAGCGUUUCAAUCCUGAACGAUGAGCCUCGAACAAGGGCGGAGAUUCCAAGUCUGAGCGACUCAGAGUUGGUUGAGAGACUAUGUGAGAUACAAAGAGAGAAGCGAUGUCUCAUUGUUCUGGAUGAUCUUUGGGAGCUUUCUCAUUGGGAUGAGUUGAAGCAUCCAUUCGUUGUCCAAAAUUUGCAAAGCAAAAUAUUGGUGACAACACGGGAACAAAAGGUUGCAGAGAUUGGAUUGGCAGUGAAACAUGGGCUCUUACAUGUGAAUGCUGCUUUGGAACUACUCAAAAACAAAGCAUUUCAGCAUGGAAACAUUCCAGACUUUGCAUCGGAAGAAGAAUUUGAAAAAAUUGGGAAAGAAAUGGUGCAGAAAUGUGGGUAUUUGCCAUUGGCAAUUUGUUUACUCGGUGGGGUUUUGAGAGAGAAAACAUCGAUUAUUGAGUGGGAAUCAGUAAAUGAGGACAUCAAAGCAGCCAUAUAUGGAGAUGAAAAGCAGAUCGAUGGAGUGCUUAAUUUAAGCUAUGAAAGUCUACCCUAUUAUUUGAAGCCUUGCUUUCUCUGUAUGGGUAUUUUCGUUGAGGAUGAAAUCAUACUUACUUGGGAUCUAUAUAAGAUGUGGAUAGCACAAGGCAUGAUUUCAUAUGAGAAUAUUGGAGACAAGGAAGACUCUUUAAUGGACAUCGGUGAUCUGUACUUAAGUGAGUUAGCCUCCAGGUCCAUUCUUCAAGUUGAAAUUUAUAAUGAUUAUGAUGAAGCAAGUAGAAAUGCAAAAUAUAAGAGCUGCAAACUUCAUGAUGUAGUAAGAGAACUAUGUUUGAAAUUGGGAAAAAGAGAGGAUUUUGGUGCGCUGAGUUUGGAGUAUAAAGGUGGGAAACUUAGUACCUUUCUACGGGAAGCAUCCUCACAUAUUAAGAUCCGAUAUUUGGCAAUCAAUUUCAGAAGUGAAGUCGAGCACGAGCAUACAGUGGCUUGUGGAGAAGAUACCAGCGAGCAUAUCAGGUCUGUUCAGUUAUCCAAUCUCAUAGAGUCGAACGUUGUUGAGUUCCGCCCACAAAGUAUACUUGAUUUUCAGAAAUUCAAAUUGCUAAGAGAACUAGUUAUCGUGAGAUUCAAAUUUACGGGAGGGAAGUUACCGAAAGGAAUCACUAAACUUGUUCACCUUAGAUGUUUGCGUUUAUAUAACUGUGAACUUGAUAAGCUACCCUCUUCCAUGAGGAAUUUGGUAUAUAUGGAUACCCUUGAUUUAACAGGUUCAGCGAAUGUUGUAGUUCCAAAUGUUUUUAAGGAGAUGUUGCGGUUAAAACACUUGCUUCUUCCUAUCUGUGGAGAUGAAAACAUUAGAAACUAUCGACUAAGAUUGGAUGAGGGAGUAUAUGAGUUGGAGAGUCUAGCAUUCUUUGAUAGUAGAUGUCAUGAACUUAAAUGUAUGGGCAGAAUGAAGAAUCUCAAAAAUUUUAAUGGAAGAAUACACGAUAAUGAUAGCUUGUCAGCUAUCAUGAAUGGCAUUAUGAACUGUAAAAAGAUAAGCAAUUCUUGUUUUUGGAUUGAAGAAAGUUGCGACUUAACAAGUGAGGGAAUUCUGGAGAAAGCUUUGACAUGUCCCAAUAUUUAUGAUUUGGUGAUUAGGACUAAGUUAGGGAAGGCGCUAACAAAGUGCGGGAAUGAUUUGUUGAGCUCGAAACUUAAGUGUUUGGUACUGACUGGAUCUGAGAUUGAGGAUGAUCCAAUGUGGAUACUGGGAAAGCUUCCUUGCUUGACAAUAUUGCAAUUCUAUUGGGAAUCAUUUGUUGGGGAGAAAUUGACGUGUCCAGCAAACAGUUUUCUUCGCCUGAAGAAGCUAACAUUAAGAGGUCUGCCAGAGUUGAGGGAGUGGAGAGUGGAGACCGGAGCCAUGCCCCUUCUCUCUAAAUUAAGUAUAGCAGAGUGUUCUCGUCUGGAGAUGAUUCCAGAGGGAUUGAGUGGCAUUUCCACCCUUCGGACUCUUGUAAUUAAACAAAUGCCAGAAUUGGGAUUAAGGGUAUCACCAUCAGGACAUGAUUUCCACAAAGUCCGCCAUGUCCCUUCAAUUAUCAUCAAGGACUAGUCUUCACCCAGGUUAAAUAUCCUCCCCUUCUUGCUUCAGUUACGUUGUUGUAUUUCUCUGAGUGUUCCUUUUUGUACUCUGUUCUCUGGCAGGCAAAUCCUUCCUAGUUACUAUGUGUUUGUGCAUAAGUGAUUGUUUGGAAUCUUGGUAAUUUGAAGUUGUGUAGCGUUGGUUAAUAAGAUAUUUUAUUUGAAAUGAUGUUGUGUUUGAAUUGAAAUUGAUGGUUUGUAAUAACUCAAAUGUUGAAAUUGAAGAAUUCAGUAUGUGUUUCCGUUGAA